AUGCCCAUCGUCACAGAGCUCACCCGCAAGCUGGGCAUCCGAGUGCCCAUUGUCCAGGGCGGCAUGAUGCACAUUGGCACCGCCGACCUCGCCGCGGCCGUGUCCAACGCGGGCGGCCUGGGCAUCAUCACGGCGCUCAUCUUCACGACGCCGGCGGCGCUGCGCGACGAGAUCCGGCGCUGCCGCACGCUCACCAAGAAGCCCUUUGCCGUCAACAUGACGCUGCUGCCCUCGAUGGUGCCGCCCGACUACCCGGCGUACGCGCAGACCAUCAUCGACGAGGGCAUCAAGGUGGUGGAGACGGCGGGCAACUCGCCGGGCCCCAUCAUCAAGCAGCUCAAGGCGGCCGACAUCAUCGUGCUGCACAAGUGCACCACGAUCCGCCACGCGCUCUCCGCCGUCAAGCUCGGCGUCGACUUCCUCAGCAUCGACGGCUUCGAGUGCGCCGGGCACGUCGGCGAGAGCGACAUUACCAACUUUAUCCUGCUCAGCCGCGCGCGCCAGGAGCUCUCGAUCCCGUUCAUCGCCUCGGGCGGCUUCGCCGACGGCCAGGGGCUCGCGGCCGCGCUGUGCCUCGGCGCCUCGGGCAUCAACAUGGGCACGCGCUUCAUGUGCACCGUCGAGGCCCCGCUGCACGAGAACAUCAAGAAGACGAUUGUCAAGUCGGACGAGAACCAGACGGCGCUCGUCCUCCGCCGCUGGCGCAACACCUCGCGCCUCUUCAAGAACAAGGUCACCGAGGACGCCCUCAAGAUUGAGCGCGAGAGCACCACCGGCGAGUUUAGCGAAAUCGCCCCCUACGUCUCCGGCAAGCGCGGCAAGGAGGUCUUCUCCAACGGCGACCCCGAGCACGGCGUCUGGACCACCGGCCAGGUCAUGGGCCUCAUCCACGACAUCCCCACCUGCGACGUCCUCGUCAAGCGCAUAGAGAAGGAGGCCGAGACGGUCCUCAACGAGCGCGUCGCCCUCGUUGUCCCCGAGUCCAAGCUAAGCCACGUGCAACUCAUAAGCGACCCCAGACUGAUGACGUCAAGUAUACUCGACCCGGGGAGGUGUACGGGUGUACUUGUUGCUAAGGCCACAUUUCAUGGUCUCCCGCUCGGAGGAAGCUACCAAGUGACUGGUGCAGUAACACUCUCCGUGGGACAUUAUGUUCAACCAGCAGAGCCGGAAUAUGCCAUAAACCUCCAGAAAGAUGGUGAUGCCACUACCACUACCGCCACUACCGCCACUCUCGCGGCAAACCUAGCCAGGAUAGUCUACUUCCCCUGCCAAGAGGCACAGCAGGAAGCUCAGCCUCGCCUUGAGAUGACAGAUGCCGAACAUGCGGCCGUCUAUACCCGUCGUAACGGUAUAGGGUCUAAUUUCACCUUUUUUUGCAUGCGCCGAGAGGCAAGGGAGCUUGCGCGCCUGAAACCACCGCUCACGCCGGAGCAGCGGAGGAAAAAGUGCCUGGCCACCAUCGCCGCGGCGCGGCGGGCGCUCUCCCUCCCCCCAAAAAACCGCCUGAAGCUCUUGCCGGCCGUCAAGUCCUCGGGGAACCGGGGCGGCUGGUCGCCCGACGGCGAACGACGGCUGCAAAAGUACAUGGCGAGGAAGAUGAAGAAAGAGGCUGACGAAACAGCCGUCAUGGAGUGGGGAACCCAGCCGCUCUUCACUAUUAUGGAAGAAUAG